AUGCUGACAAAAUGUCGAAGCGCACGACGUCACGCGCUGCGGGGGACGCGUCCCGCCGUCCUGUUGCUGCCCGCGGCCGUGUCGUCCCCUUCUGCUCACUUUGCUAGCACUGCCACUGACGCGGACGCCGUAUUGACGCGCGAGUUCAUCUACGCGUCGCUCUAUGCCCAGCACACGGGGUACUUUACGACUUCCGACCGUGCCGUUGUCCAAGUGCCCGCGCAGAGUAUGGACUUUGGCAACUUGUGGGGCGCUGGCGAGUACCGAAAUGCCGUCGCCCAGCUCUAUGAAGCGAGCAACGAGGCCUGGCUCACGCCCGUCGAAGUCUUUGCCCCGUACUACUCGCAGGCACUCGCGCAGUACAUGUUGACGUCGCCGGUUUUCCGCCACGAGCUCGAGAUCUACGAAAUUGGCGGCGGCUCGGGGUCCAAUGCACUGCACGUUCUCAACCACUUGGCGAUCCACGUGCCGCACGUGUAUGCCAAGACCAAGUACACGCUGAUCGAGGUCAGUCCCGUGCUGGCCGAGCAACAGCGAGAGCGCGUCGCAGCGGUGCAUCCGCAGCAGUGCACGGUGGUGAACCAGGACAUUUUGACGUUUGCCGACGUGCACAAGCCAGUGACGAGGCCGUGCUUCUUUGUGGCGCUCGAGGUGCUGGACAAUCUGCCACACGACAAAGUGACGCUGCACCAUGGCAAGUGGUACGAGACGGUUGUCAAGGCACAGAGCAGUCCCGACGCGUCAGAAGCAAACGAUCCAGUGCUGGAGGAAGCCAUACGUCCUGUCAACGAUAUGCUUAUCCGUCAGACCCUUCGCCACUUUGGCUGCGAGCUGCCGCUGCGUGUCACGUACAAACACAAUGGCCGUCUCGCACAGCGUGUGCGGCGUAUGCUUGGAAACGACGAUCCGGUGCUGCACUCGGCUUUCAUCCCUACCGGCGCCAUGCAGCUGCUGAAUACGCUGCGCACGUCGUUUCCCAAGCAUCACUUGAUAGCGGCUGACUUUGACUCGCUUCCAGCGCCAAACCUGGAUGCCGAGUCGCCGAUCAAGGCGAUCAAGCACAAAUUGAGCCCCACAGCGACAUCGUCCGGACCGCUCUUUGCUGGUAAUGCACCGCUUGUUGCAUCGAAGGUGGCAGGUGUGACGAAGGACCACGACACGUAUCUAGUGGAAGGCGGAAUCGCGGACAUUUUCUUCGCCACGGACUUUGCAAGACUCAAGAAUGCGUACUGCUCGUCGCUCCGACGUCAGCCGCAUGAGGUCUCAAUCGUCAAGUCGUCCGCGUUCCUAAAGGAGUUUGCUGAUAUAGAGAAAACUAACACGAUUACCCGGUACAACCCGCUGCUAGAAGACUACGCCAAUACAAGUUUCAUCUUGUCUUAA